CAAGUAAGGCCGAGCGGGCAAACGGGUGCUCGGCGUUCUGGACAGCGGGCGGAAUUUAGGAUUCCCAGCUAGCAGCCCCAACGUGACGUCUGCUACCAAAGCAUCCGCCAGCCUCCGUCAACGUUUAGCGCCUUGCCCAUCAUUCAAUCUGACGAGUGACCGCGCCAGCAGACUCAAUAUCUUCCGCAAAUGUGCCAUAUUGUUCUAGAUCGAGCUCAAAUUACGUCUCUUGCCCCAAGCCUUCCAUGAGGAGCAGCAAGCGCCUCUCCAUCUGCAAAGUCUUGCCAGUUUUGCCUACUGAUCUUCCUUCAACUGCUGCGUGCAGCUUGUGAGAUUACAAGUUCUUAAGAUGGCGCCAGUCACGGUCACCCUUUAUGGAAUAUACUUGAGCACCUGCACCAGAACGGUGAUGACAGCACUAGAGGAGAAAAAUGUCCCCUAUAAGUUCGUCAUUGUAGACGUCACAAAGGGAGAGGGCAAGCAGCCUGCACACCUUGCCAGGCAACCUUUUGGUCAAGUCCCUGCUUUGGAGGACGGCGAUGUGAAGAUGUUUGAAACCAGGGCGAUCGUCAGGUAUAUUGCCAACAAAUGGGCCAGCCAAGGAACAGAUUUGUUGGGCAAGACCGCCGCUGAGAAGGCCCUCACUGAUACCUGGACUGAGGUUGAGAGCCAAAACUACGAUCCUCCAAUCAGCGUGAUAGUCGCACAAAGAGUAUUCAGAGCCAUGCAUGGAAAACAGGCGGACGAGGCUAUUGUUGCUCAAGAGACCACAAAACUUGAGAAGGUGCUCGCUGUAUACGACGCUCACCUAGCCGACAAGGAAUACCUCAACGGCUCCAGCUUCUCCGCCGCUGAUCUCUCCCACCUUCCCAACACAGAUUAUUACGUCAACAAAGGGGGCGGCGAGGUUGUUUUGAAGAAGUACCCCAACGUGUGGGCCUGGUGGCAGAGGAUCUCCAGCCGCCCCUCCUGGCAGAAGGUGGCCGCCAUGAACUAGAUGACGGCCAAACUUGGCGGUUCUGGUCGAUGUUGAUUUUAAUUGUUGAUUGUGUCAUGCUGCCUGUACAAAAGGUCCAGAGAGGAGCCGGGUCAAGAUCAGAAUGGGUUCUCGAUUUUGGAACACAAGUGAAAGAGCUGUCGUACCGACGAUGUGCUGGGAAGUUCGUUGGCUAGUUUCUGAGCCUGGAUUAUUGUAGUUAGGUUCAUUGUAACAUUAUUGGCGUCGACUAAUUUGUUGGCCUGCUAACGUUACGCAAGCGGGGACUCACUCCGUGAGAUGAAAGUCUUAAUCUAAGUGAUACGCACUUCAAUCUAACAACCCUGUAUUGAAAAUAGCUCUUCGUCUACUUCCUUGCCGG